AUACACACGUGCAAUUAUAUAUGAAGAGCUACUUUCAGUUUUACCUGUCAUCUUAAACUGUAAGAGUUUACUAUUUGUAGAGUUAAUUGUAAAAUUGCAGCCGUUGAUUAUGUACCAUAAAACAUGUAGUCUAUUUGUGUUAAUCCUGUACACGAUUUAGUUUUUGGCAGCUUCCUCAGAGUCAGAGUCAGACUCCAGUCAAGCGUCGAAACUCGUCCCUCGAGCUCGGGCGCGGGCUCAGCUCAAGUCAAAGGUUACAGACCAGGAAGGAUCCUCUCCUUAUCUUACUUCUUUGUUUCAUUGUUCGAUUAAGAAAGCCAGGCAUCAUGUUCAAGAAGCCUUUUCAUGUCAAGUCCAAUGCAGCGAUGAAAGGAUCUGACAAGCGUAAGAUGAAAACCUCUGUGCUGCAGCAGUUCGGUGAGAUCACCUCUGUCCAGGUGGACUCCAUCUUCCCUAACAAAUCUCAAACGACCACCAUGAAGAUACAAACACAUACAGGGGAACAUAUGAUGGUCUACUGUGCAGAUGGAGUGCCCGCUUUCUUUGAGAAUGAAAAAGUUCUUUACCCUACAGUUUACACACUCUGGAAAUGUCCAUCAUUGCUACCAUGUCUGAGUACAUAUGCCCCUGUUAUAGAGAAGAUGGCUGGUGGAGCAGAUCUAAUGCUACCAGGUGUAGUCUUCCCAGAGACGGGACUUCCCCCUCUGGAGAAAUCACAACUAUGCAGUGUGAAUGUCGUUGGUAACCUGGCUCCCGUCGCCAUAGGAACAGCAUCCGUCUCCUCAGAAGAUAUGCUGGGUAGAGCAAUGAAAGGAAAAGGAGUGCUCACUCUGCACUGUAUAGGGGAUCACCUGUGGGAAAGCGGUGGUAAACUAAAACCACCGCAAAUCAACCCAAUCAGUCGAGACUCUCCACCUCCGGGUGAAAGUGCCAUCGCCGCCCAGAACUCUGCGGGAAGUAACAAUAAUAAUGAGAAUAUGGAAAGAACUGAAGGCUUAGAGAGCCAAAGUGCCAUUGAUGGUGGACAUGUAUGUGAAGGAAACGGAGAAGGAGGUGGUUUAAAGGAGGAUUUAGUUGGUCUGUCCCUGGAUGCAGGAGCAGUCGGAGGAGAGCCGGAACCGGUAGAAGAUGAAGGGGAUGGAGUCUCGCCUGUAGACGCCAUGGAUGAACGUCUCUACCAGUGUUUAUUACAUAGCCUCAAGAAGAAAGUGAAGCCCUCAGACUUGCCAUUGCUGACUAGCUCAUUGUAUAGGAAUUAUAUGCAGACAUCCUGUCCAGAAGGGAAGACUCUGGAUCUGAAGAAGUCGAGCUACAAGAAGCUGUCCAAGUUCCUGCGCGCCAUGCAGGAGAGACGUCUCCUGGACGUGAGGGAGCUGAGCAGGGGUGUGGACAGCAUAACGGCCAUCUACAAAGACCAUGAUGAGCUAAGGUCCUUUGUACCUCUUGUUGAUUCUGGUGAUUCCGAUGAGCAGUCGGAUGCAGCGUCGUCCAACCCAUCCUCCAGCUCAAAGGCACCCGAAGGACCACCAGAGAUCAGGCAGUUCUAUUCAGUCAUGCCCAACCAAGCACCAGUACUCCAACACAGUGGAUACAAGAGAGGUGAUUGGAUGACCAAGGAAGAUGUCAGGAAUGCCAUUACAGCUUACAUCAAGAAUGAGAGCUUAAUAGAUCAAAAUGAUUACAGCCAUGUGAUGUUAGACCCUAUUCUCCAUGAUGCAGCCAUAAAGAAGUCUGAGGGUAGCGUCAGUCAUCUCAAAUGGGAUCAGCUUUUCACCAGAUUCUUGCACAAGAUGAAUCCCGGCUAUCAGAUACUCUUCCCCAGCGAUCUUUCUGCCAAGGUUCAACCUCGGAUCCACAAAGGCCAGGUCCAACCAAUCAUACUCAAAUUGGAAAGAAAGGGAGGCAACAAAUGGAUCACAGUGAUCCAGAACUUGGAGCAGUUCAGUCUGGACCCCAAGGAGUUUGGCCAUCGGCUCCAGAUAGCUUUCAAUAACACGUUUACACCGUUUGCUUUGUUGUAUUGUUUCUCCAAACGCCACUCUGUAGAUCACAGUGAUCCAGAACUUGGAGCAGUUCAGUCUGGACCCCAAGGAGUUUGGCCAUCGGCUCCAGAUAGCUGUUGCAGCCAGUACUACAGUGGGUGAGGGCCCCAAUGCCAAGUCUGGCCUACAGGUGACAGUGCAGGGAAACCAACUCAAAUUCCUUGACAAAUUUCUCACAGGUCACUACAAGAUACCCAGGAGGUAUAUUGAUGGGCUAGAACAGACUGCCAAGGGCAAAGGAAAGGGCAAGAGAUGAUAGAGGCUGUUGUUUUAGGUUCAUACUAUUUAAUUUCUCAGCGAUAGAUAACAACGAUAAUUGUGAUAUUUUGCAUGGGUAUAGCGCUUUAGAGACGCAUACAAUGUAGUCGUGGGCAUUCAUGGGGAAUUUGACACCACUGGAGUGUGUACCUAAUAACAGGUGUUGUCAAUCACCAGUAAUAGCCUUCAGUUUUAUGACCAACAGGCUUUAUAUAAUGCUCUGUGUUUUCAACCAAUCGCCCUAAAUGGAACAUUCAUUAUCUUACAAUUCCCUCACUGAAGACUCUCUGAGAGAAUAGGGGGUAUAUCUUGAUGGGACUACGGGUUUGCUGUGUGCAGACUUGUACCCUCAUUAAUGGUAUUUCCACAAAGUCUGGUGUCCUGAUUCUAUUAACGUAGGUUGGCAACUUGGCAUGCUACAAUUUCACAGUAUAUGACUUAGUUUCUCAGGAAGGCUAUUGCUAUCUCUCCAAUGACCUGCAUGUGGAAAUGGAUGACCCUCUCCAGAUAUGCCAACUGUUCUGUUUUUGCCGUAUUUGUUCAGUUUUUUUGCUAUGAAUACUGCUGUACGUUUUUUGUAUGUUUUGUUCCUUUUUUUUUUUUACUGAAGUUUUUCUCAAUUUCUGAUCAUGGGCUUUGUGUCGUAUGUGUAUUAUGCACCUAUGUUUCAAACAAUGCACUCAGGACAAUGAUUCUGGGCCCCAAACUGCACAUGUUGCGAACAACCCACGUAUACUAUAUGCUCCGUAUAUCGAUUGGGCAAUAUGUUAAGGUGGGAGAUUUUUUCAAAAACACCGUUUGUUUGUUUUUAAUACUGUUUUUCCUCUGAAGAAUGCUUUUUUGUUGUUGAUGAAGGUUGGCAUCUCUGCCUCUCCCUUUUAAGUACCAUAUUGUAAUAGAUUUAUGAAUGUCUUGUUGGGAAAUCAGCAUUGGCUUAUAAAUGUUUUUAGAUGUGAAAAGUGAAGGUGCUAUAUUCUUUCCAUAGUUAUCAAUUUUACAGAUUAAAACGUAUGUUUUUAAAGUAUGUUUUUUCCUCAAAAAUAAUUAUAAUUAGACAUUGUACUCAUGUCAUAAAAGUACAAAACAACAAAAAUAUGUUAAACUCUAACGCAUACUUAAUAUAAACAGUAUACUGCUGUAAGAUCUACAUAACUCAAAAUAUGUAAAGAGAAAUUAUAUAUUUAUUGUACUUGUAUGGCUGACCAUGCACAAUGAAUGUGUUAUUCGUUGAAGAUAUGAUAAACAAAGUGCUUUAUCAAUCAA